AUGCCGUCUAGCACUACCAGAAACCGCAUCGUUCUUGAAGGGCUGUUCAAGACCAUAAUGGAAUGGAGGAAUAACGUGCCUGAGGAUGGGCAUAUCAACAUUGCCAGCCUCGGAGACGUCGAGCAUAAGGUUCAGUUUGAUUUCGAAAAUCUGGAUAAUGCGAAAUCCAACCUGACAAUGGUUCCUCCUAUUUUAUUUCACCCCAUGGAGUUGGCAAAGUUGGAGGAAUAUCCAGUCGAUUCGAGCGAGGCACGAGAAUUUUUCGACAUUGAUCAGAGCCAAAAUCGCUUCUGGGAAAUAGGGUCUUUAGACCGCGUAGAACAAAUUUCUAGUCUCAUCGAGGAUCGUGCCACAUGUGAGGCACAGGCUGAACAAGGCCUUCAGAUUGUCGAAGCCCCAGAUAGUACUUUUUGGUUGGAAGCCCUUCUUUCAUGGCCCUACGGCAAGAAGAAUUGGUGGGAUGUCGAGUGCGUAAGGGAGCCAUCCCCCGACAAUAAAGGAAAGGUUUAUCCACAUAUAGCCUUCCAUCUUAUCGAUGACAAGAUGGCCCGGGAAGACACCAUUCAAUAUUCCGAGUUUAGCGCUAUAGUUAUAGCCAUGAGAGGCCGUGCGAAUCAGCGGAAGGUGGAUUCAGCACUCGAAAGAGAGAAACUUGACGAAAAUGACGGCGAAGGUAAGGAAGAGUACCCAUAUCUCUUCAGUGAUGAGGAAUAUUUCCCGCUUUACAGCUUUGAAAGGAAGAACGAGGCACCUGUGGACUUGUUUGCUCGUCUGUUCUUAAGCAAGCCUUUGGAGCCGCAGAAUAUUCUGGGGUGGGGAGCGACAUUGAUGAUUGAUCUCUGA